CCCUAUGAUUUAGUCAAACAGCAGCGUUCGUGUAACAUAGACGUGUACGGGACACGCGAGUGGUCAGUUUGACAUUUUUUUUCUAGUUCCUCGGCUCGAACUUGGUAUUCGCAAUUACUCUCGGCACCAACUAACUAACCCAUCAUCAAUCAUGGCGUUCAACAAAGAUGAAAUGCACGCACCCAAGUGGAUGGAUAGUGCGUUUUUCGAAAAAGUGCUCAAACAAUCGGAAAACGAUCCGGGUCUGGUGGUGAGCGAGUCGAAGAUAAUCCCGGGAACCAAACCGGGAGAUCACUUUGCGAGUAUCAUUUUCCGCGUCACUGUCGCGUACACCAGCCGGGGACAGGACCACGAGGUGUCGCUGAUCAUCAAGACCAUCCCGGAGCAGGAGGGUCUCAAGCGGGACCUGCUCAAGGAUGGGGAGAUCUUCGAAACGGAAACCAUCAUGUACCAGACGGUGAUCCCGGAGAUGAUCCAGCUGCUGCGAUCAGUUGGAGAUAAUACGGAGUUGGGACCGAGACUUCUCUACUCCUCUAAGGUUCCAACCUGGGUGAUGGUAUUCGAAGACAUCACCAAACGAGACUACCAAAUGAAAUACUCCCAGCUGAACUUGGAUGAGGCCAAAAUUGUGUACACGAAGCUAUCGCGGUGGCACGCUGCUUCCAUGUACUUAGCCGACACGCUACCAAUCAUCACAGAGUUGGACAACAGCCUUGGAAAACUGAUGGACAGUGAGUUCAGCAAUCUCUGGCUUGGACAUAUCGCUACCCUGGCCAAGCUGUGCGGCGGAUGGCCUGGCUUCGAGUCGUAUACGGAACGGUUGGAGAACAUGAAGGGGUUCAUCCUGACCAAGCUCAAGGAAAUCUACCAAGUGAAACCAACCAAUCUGUUCAAUGUGCUGAACCACGGAGACAUGCAUUCCAAGAACAUGAUGUUCAAAAUUGAGGAAGGCGUCACCACGGAUAUUCUACUGCUCGACUACCAAAUCAGCUUCUGGGGAUCGCCGGCGUGUGAUAUCAUCUACUCGUUGUACAAUACGUGCUCGGUAGAAACUAGAGAUAAUCAUCGGGACGAGCUGAUCAAGUUUUACCAUGACGAGCUUACAGCCACGUUGAACAAAUUCGGCUAUCUGAAAAAGAUGCCAACUCUGCUCGAUUUGCAUGUAGAAAUUGUGAAAUGUGGACACCUCGAAACUUUCCUCUGCUGUACGUUCCUUCCCUUCAUGAUACUGUCAUUCGAUGAGCUUAUGCCAGCCUCCACCGAAAACCCGGAGGAAGGAGUCGAGCUCGACUUCGCCGAUAAGGAAAAGAUGGAGGGAAUCAUGCUGAAGGUGUUCCAGCAUCCGGCCUAUGUUUCUGUCAUCCAGCGAUACCUGCCUACGCUGCUCCACAAGGGAUACCUGGAUUUUUCGACCGAAAUCAUGGUAUUCUACAAGGAGGAAAUGCGCGCCCCAUCGUGGAUGGACGAGCUGUUCUUCGAGAAAGUGCUCCGAAAAUCGGAGAAAGAUCCCAACUUAUCAGUGAACUCCUGCACCAUUAGUCCCGGAUCGAAGGCCGGCGAUCACGUUAUGAGUGCAGUUCUACGCGCCACGGUCAAGUAUCAAAGUGGCGGCGCUGAUGGGGGUGAGCAGCACGAAACGUCGCUGAUAGUGAAAUCGCUCUGCGAUGGACACGUUCGGACGUACGUUGAGCCACUCUUCGAAACCGAAACCAUCAUGUACGAAACCGUUGUGCCGGAGAUGGAGCGACUUCUGCGCACGGUCGGAGCCGAUACGGAGUUUGGACCGAGACUUCUGCAUUCAAGCAAAGAUCCAACAUUGGUUAUGGUCUUCGAGGAUCUUAACAAACGUGACUACACAAUGAAAUACAGUCAGCUAAAUCUACACGAAGCAAAGAUAGCUUUCACCAAACUGGCUCGUUGGCAUGCAGCGUCGAUGUUCCUGGCAGACACACUACCAGCCAUCAAAACUCCGAAUAAAGGUCUGCUGAACAUGGCACAAUACGCCAACGCGAAAUGGGCGGCAAACAUCGCCCUGGUAGCGAAACUGUGCCACGACUGGCCCGGAUACGGAAUCUACGCUGAGCGCCUGGAGAAAUUCGUACAAACAUUUACCGAGAGGUUGAAGCGAAUCUACGAAUCCCAGGAAUCGAAUCUCUACAACGUAUUGAAUCACGGCGACUUCCACUACAAAAACAUGAUGUUCAAAACUAUGGACGGGGUCACGAGCGAUAUAUUGCUGCUCGACUACCAGAUAAGCGUUUGGGGAACUCCAGCAAUAGACCUUAUCUAUGCACUUUACACUGCGCUCGCUGUCGAAACGAGAGACAAUCACCGAGAUGAGUUGGUCAAAUUCUACCACGAUGAGUUCGUUUCGGUGUUGACCAAACUGGGAUAUCUGAAGAAGAUUCCAACACUUGUCGAUUUGCAUACGGAAAUUUUGAAAUGCGGUCAUCUAGAGCCAUUCUGGACUUGCUGCCUUCUGCCGUACAUGAUGAUACCUAUGACGGAUAUUGCCGAAAUACAGAAAGAUAUUCAAGGAGGCGUCGAUAUGACCGAUGUCGACAAGCUGAAGAAGAUCAAACUGGCCAUGUUCCAACAUCCCAAGUAUACCGAAAUGGUCAAGCGGUAUCUGCCCGUGUUUUUGCAUAAGGGUUUGAUGGAUUGAUUGAGAUGGCUAACA